CCUGCUCCCCCGGGUAGACUGGGCUUCCUCCUGGGGAUUCCGCCUGGAGCUGAGGCCAUCCCGCUCCCCGCGACCCCCGGGCCAACCCGCCGGCCCUCCCAUCUACUCUAGGGCUGGAACCGUCACUUGACCCCCACUCUUCUCCUUUUCUCUCUGGGAUGGGGGGGCAAGCACCUAAGCCCUCCGAGGUGACUCCCCGGCUGGGACCUUAGCUCAUUCCGCUACCCUCUUCCCUGGCUGAAGGGCUGAUCUUGGAUUCCUGUUCUCCCUCCUCACUACGAGGAGCUUAGCCCUCGUAGGAGUGGGUGGGGUCUACAGCACCUCUCACCUCACCCUCUGCUGGGGACCCUGGCCCCCUAACUUCCUUCCUGGAAGUGUGAAUCGUUCCACUCCUAGCCCUUUCAAGGGCACCUUGAGUUUACCCCCUGCAGGGACCCUAGGGCCCUUUCGUCUCUCUUAGAUAUCAUUUCAUUCUCUCCUGUCCCGGCUUCAGGUGUAUCUAAAGCUUUCCCUACACCCCUGCUUUCUAGUUGAGGAUCCUUCUUUCCUUACCCAAUCUCUUCGUGUUUGGAAGUUCUAGGCCUUCUAGCCCCACCAGGGCCAUUGGCCUUUUGAGUGCCUCCCCUCAUUCAUUCUCCAGCUCCUCUAGUGGAACUUUUAUGUUCAUCUAUCACACCACUACAAGCUGAGACUGGUCCUCAUCUUCCCAUAUCUCACAAUUGCACUGAGCUCUGUUGAACCAUGGGGGAAAACAGUCCAGAUGACAAUAUCAUUUGCUAUGAGGCAGAGGAAGAUGAGCUAUCACAUCAUGAUAAAAUGCUCAGGUUUGUGGAUAAGAACGGACUGGUGCCUUCUUCAUCUGGAACAGUUUAUGACAGGACAACUGUUCUCAUUGAGCAGGACCCUAGCACGUUGGAAGAUGAGGAUGAUGAAGGACAAUGUGGAGAACACCUGCCUUUUUUUGUGGGGGGUCCUGAUGAGGGAUAUCACUUAAUAGAUCAUGAAGGAAUGUCCCAGGGUUAUGUGCAACACAUCAUCUCUCCAGAUCAGAUUCACUUAACAAUAAAUCCUGGUUCAACACCUAUGCCAAGAAAUAUUGAAGGUGCAACUCUCACCCUCCAGUCUGAGUGCCCAGAAACUAAACGCAAAGAAGUGAAGCGGUACCAGUGCACCUUUGAAGGCUGCCCUCGAACCUACAGCACUGCAGGUAACCUGCGCACCCACCAGAAGACCCACCGGGGCGAGUACACUUUUGUCUGCAACCAGGAGGGCUGUGGCAAAGCUUUCCUCACCUCAUACAGCCUCAAGAUCCAUGUUCGAGUACACACGAAGGAGAAGCCUUUUGAGUGUGAUGUGCAGGGCUGUGAGAAGGCAUUCAACACACUGUACAGACUGAAAGCACACCAGCGGCUCCAUACAGGGAAAACCUUUAACUGUGAAUCAGAAGGCUGCAGUAAGUACUUCACCACGCUCAGUGAUCUGAGGAAGCACAUUCGAACCCACACAGGAGAAAAGCCAUUUCGGUGUGAUCAUGAUGGCUGUGGGAAGGCAUUUGCAGCAAGCCAUCACCUUAAAACACAUGUUCGAACGCACACUGGUGAAAGACCCUUCUUCUGCCCCAGUAAUGGCUGUGAGAAGACAUUCAGCACUCAGUACAGUCUCAAAAGUCACAUGAAAGGUCACGAUAACAAAGGACACUCAUAUAAUGCAUUUCCAAAUAGCAUGUCUGAGGACACAAACCACUCACUUUGUCUGAGCGACUUGAGCCUGAAAUCCAAGGAUUCUGAACUACGAGAAAAUUCCAAUACAACACAUGGCCAAGACCUUAGCACAAUUUCACCAGCAAUCAUCUUUGAAUCAAUGUUCCAUAGCCCAGAAGAUACUACAAUCCAGGAAAACAAGCAGACAGCUGCCUUGAUUGAAAGUUUUAAUGGUGAUACAGAGUCAGUCACCGCUGUUCCACCCUCCCCGGGAGAUUCAGCAUCUUUAUCUCUUCCACUUGUACUGCAGCCUGGCAUCUCCGAGCCUUCCCAGUCUGCACUACCUGCCUCCGCACCGCCCGCUCCUCCUCCGACUGCUCCCUCCAUAGGAACUGGUUCCCAGCCAGCUGCAUUUGGGACCCCCUCUGCUAUCUUACAGCCUCCAGAAGGGUCAGUCGCCCACAGCACACAGUUUGCUGCUAAUCAUCAAGAGUUUCUUCCGCACCCUCAGCCACCACAGCCCCUUGUGCCAGGACUUUCUGUCGUUGCUGGGGCUCCCCCAGUAACAGCGGCACCACCAACUACCACUGAGGCCAUGCCAGCUCUGGUUCAGACUCUGCCUCUGGGGGCCACCCCUGUUUUGACAAGCAAUCCCACCAUAACCAUCACCCCUACUCCCAGCACGGCUAUUCUGCAGUCCAGCAUAGUUAUGGGAGACCAGAAUUUACAAUGGAUACUCAAUGGUGCAACUGGCCCUCCCCAAAACCAAGAACAAAUUCAACAAGCUUCUAAGGUAGAGAAAGUGUUUUUUACCACUGCAGUACCUGUAGCUGGCAGUGCAGGGAGCUCCGUGCAACAGAUUGGCCUCAGUGUUCCUGUGAUCAUCAUCAAGCAGGAGGAGGCCUGUCAGUGCCAGUGUGCAUGCCGGGACUCUGCCAAGGACCGCUCUGCUAGCAGCAGCAGCCGGAGGAAGGGCUGUGCCUCCCCACCUCCUCCAGAGCCCGGUCCUCGGGUCCCCGAUGGCCCCUCCCUCCAUCUACCCACUCAGACUUUUCCUUCCUCUUCCACACCAUUGCCAUCCUCCUCCCCACCUUCUGACAACAGGAGCAGACAGGCAGAGAACCCUUCAGACUCCCAGACUGAGUCAUUAAGUGCCAUGGAUGUGUCAGAGUUCCUGUCCCUCCAGAGCCCGGACACCCCAUCCAACUUGAUUCCCAUUGAAGCACUACUGCAGGGGGAGGAGGAUAUUGGCUUAACCAGCAGCUUUGCUAAAUGAAGCGCCCUUGGCUCGCUCCUGAGAAGAAGGGCGAGUGGGGCUACAAGAGCAGAUGGCCUCUGUCUGGGGGUCUGAAAUUUGAAGGAUGAAGAGGUUUGCUGUUGGGAAGUCAUACUUCUCAGACAUCAUUUCUUUAUUCCCAUCCCAGGAACGUCCAUUUUAAGGAACCGGUCUUUGGAAAAAAAACACAACAAAAAAAAAAACAAAAAACAAAAAAAGCUAAGUUAUAAAUGAACUAUUUUGGCUGCACUGUAUGUCACUUUUGCUUAUUGUCAUGUGAACAUGGAAAUUAAGGUUACUCGUCUGCAUAAAAACUCUAAAUUGAAAGGGGUGUGGUUUCCAUCAAUCCUUGUAUUGGGGCAUUUGCAGUUUUGGCUGUAUUCCUCUCAUUUCAGCUCCUGGGGUAUCUCUCUUCCCUGGGUAGAUUCUGGGCAGAUUUGAGACUAAGCCAUAAACUGAAGUGCAGACCAGUGACCCCAAAGAGGGGAACAGUGGUAAUAGGAAGAAGCCGUGUGUGUUGGGCAGGACUCAAGUGUGGUUGCUGUAUGGUGAGGAGCUUCAGGGAAGGCCGAGGCCUCAUGUCUGGCAUGGGUCCCAGGCAGGGCACUGACUUGUGUUUGGUGGAAGGCCGGCACUAAGUUGUAGUACAUGCUCAGAGUGGACAUUGGCAAGGUGGUUGUGGCUUCUUGGUCUCCUUGGCUCUUCCAGGAUCUUUUGGCUGUUGGGAGCUGUAUGUUGUGAUGCCUUUCAGGGAGGGAAAGGGUCCUUGUGUGUACCUUGGAGCUGACUAGUAUGGUUGGUUGUAGAGUCUUUUUAUUGACCUCCACCCUCUCUUGGGCCAUUUGACCUUUGCAGAGCAGAGGGGCCGACUUUAAGGUGAGAGCCAAAGGAGGUUUUCAAAUGGGAUGGAGUUGCCUGGGCAGGCUGCCCCAAUGGGGGGGAGGGGAGGGGCUACUCCAGCAAAGCAACUGCUUCCUGUCUGGUUUUGCCCUUAUCCUUAUGAAUGCAAGCGAGUAUAAUUUCUCUGUUGACAUGUGCAACAUAGCUUAGUAAUUUGAUAUGAAAACUAUGAUCUUCUAACCUACUCAGGGUAAAGUAAAGCAAAACAAAAAAAAAAAUCCCCCUUCCACCAAAAAGCCUGAAGUGUUGCAAUAAGGUUUUUUUUUUUCCAUUUGGAAUGUUUUGUUAUGUUGCAUUAUAUAAAAAAAGGAAAAAAAAGAAAAAAAAGUUAAUCUUUAUAGAAUUGUAUCCACUUCUCUCUGGCUAUGGCUCCAAGUCAUUUCAUUUAAGAACAGUAUCUUUUAGUUUUUGUCAUUUUAUGUCAAGGGUCUCUAGUGACUUAGUCAUAAGAGUGUUAACCCCUCAUAAGAGUGGUAACAUCUCUGGCCCAUAAAAUUCAGAAAUUUAGUUCUACCCGGUAAACAGGCUGGGCCUUCCGCCUCCUCUGUAGUCCUCUUCCUACUUCCUAUUUGGAGGGAAUAGGAUGUCCCAUGAGCCAGAGUAAACUGCAGACCCCACAUUUAGGCCAAGGACAGCUAAGAUUUUAUUCUCAUCUUUCUUCCAAGGGCUUGAGUUCCUCAUUGACCUCUAACCACCAGUGACCACAAAGUUAUAUUUUCCUCUUUCAUUUCCCAAGCCAGCAUUUAGGGACAGCCGUAUGGAUGCCCAGGACAUUCAGUUUGAUCCCAGAACUUCAGGUGUGCUCAUCAGAAUGUUCAGAGAUUCCCAUUCCCCCUUCCCCACCCCAGAAAAGGUUGUUACUGUCAUGAAGAGAGAGAUAGGUUUAGCCAGGGCAAAUUAUUUACCUUUCUAAGAGCAAGGAAGCAAAAUUUGGAAAGUAGUUGGAAAAGGGGACUGGAUGAAGUCUUAUCUCUCAGAAGACAAGGGCUUCUGGUUACUGUAAUGUGGUACAUUGCAGUACAUUGUGGUACAAUAAUAUUUUGUGUAUAACAAUUGCAAUAGAAAGGCUUCCCUAAAGGAGCUGAACCUAUGCUAUCUUUGUGAUUAUUCAUGCUGUUUUAUUGACAGCUCAAAUACCUCCCUAAUUUCCCCUACACACACACACACACACACACACACACACACACACAGAGAUACAAACAUACAUCCACACACUCACAGUCUCUCUCUCUCUCUCUCUCUCUCUCUCUCUCUCUCUCUCUCUCUCUCUCACACACACACACACACACACACACACACACACACACACACACACACACACACACACUUUCUUAUAACUGGGACCAUCCUGCUCAGGUCUAGGUGGAUGAGGGGAGGAACUAUAAAGUAUUGGGCUGCAACCUCCCACCCCUCUCUGAAUCUGAGCAGGCCAAGCUCAUUCUCCAAUAAGAUUCUGGCUCAUUGAGGAUUUAGGCCUGGACCCCAAAACAGUAAGGGGGCCUAUUCAAAACUGUCCCUUUUGAUAAGCCACAUUAUUAUUUUUAUAGAUGGUUUUCUAGGUGCCAACUCUUAUCAUUUUCAGAGAUCUGCUUAUGCUGAGCAGGGGACCACUUGAUCAUAGGAGGAGGAGAGGUAAUGUAGAAAAGUCACACACCUCACUCAUGUGACUCAGAUGAACAACAGUUGAACAAGUUAUGGUUUUGUUGCUUGGUGAUAACAGUAGGAUUUGGUCCGGCAGAUCAUAGAAACUUCACAAUCAUUAAACAACAAGAAGUUGUCCAGAUUUCAGCAAUCAGAAUUCUCAAAUUUUCAUUCAGCUUUGGAUAAAUCAGGAAUUCCCUUAAAAUAGUAGUGAUGAUAAAAAAAGCAGAUCUACAAGGCAGGGUCAUUCACCUGAGAAGGUAGCCUUCUCUUUCAGUCUCUUCAAGUUUCUGUGGGUAUAAAAGAAACUCCCUUCUUGUCUACAUCAACUCUAGGCUGGGUAUCCUCUCCAAGCUAGGACCCUAGCAGUGGUGGGGUGCCUUGGACUCAGAGAGGAGCAAACAGUUGAAUUGGGACCAGAAAGACCCAUAGGUAGGAGUUUGGUUUCUUAAACCUGUGAGUAAGACUGGAGUCCCUAUAGAAACUGUAGAGGUACUAUAGACUUUAGAAGAGAAGGCUGUACCUGUAGAUUGGAAUUGCUCAUGGGCCUCAUGGCCUAGAAGGGUAAUAGAGGCAUUUCUUAUCUCACUACUUCUUUCUCGAUUGCUUAAUACCAUGGGUUGGAGUUUAUGGGCUGAGGUGGCUGGCAAGGAAGGUUAGCCUUGGCGGGCACCACCAAGCUGCCUUAAACUGUGUUCUCAAAUUGGAAUGUGCUCCGGAUUCAGUGACAACCAGCACUGCAGGUCCUCAGAGGUUGUGUGCAUGUUUGUGUGUAUGUGAGUGUGGGUGUUUGCUUGCUCGUGCAUGCAAGCUUGUGUGCUUGGGCCCAUCCAUGAAUAGUCUCCUUCUGGGAUAAGCCAAAAACAAACAAACAAAAAAAUACGGGACAGGGAGGGAAGAGGAUGGAGAGAGGCCUUAUUGCUUCUCAUUGUGAGACUGUGUAUGGUUUCACAGUAGCUCACCUCCUGGGAAACCACUGGUUUGGUCACCAGGAUUGGGGUUAUUUAUUGAAUUUUGCCUUUUCCAGAAGGAGUUCAUGGUACAUAAGGAGGGAGAUGUGAAAUGUAGAAUCCUCAGGGGGUCAGAGGACCCCAGGAAGGGAACCUCUAGGUGUGCCUAUGACUUGGAGGGUCAGGGUGAGGACCUAUAGACUGGUUUGGAAUAAUGGAGGCUAAGGUUUCAUUUGGAGAGACUUGGUACAAUGCUGAAUGUUUCCAGAGAGAUGAGUUUGCAGAACCUCAUACUGGUAUAUUAAAGAAAUAAUAAAAAUUUAAAAGCACUUUAGGUUAUGUUAUCCUUAACCCAAUUGCUGCAAUUUCUUUUGUAUAUAUACUUUCCACAAAGUUUUAUUUUUUUUUUCUCUGAGAAAAUGGAGGCGUGAAGAGAAAAGCACUUACCUUGGUGCAAUACUUGUAGUUUGGUGGAUGUUACCCCAUGCAGACCCUGCCUUGGCCUGGCCCAGGCUCGGUGUUGCUCAGUUCCACAACAUGGUGCCCUGUCUGUAAGGAAACACUAUUAUGCAUUCCUAGCAACUAACUACGAAAUCUAUGCAAACCCUCUCCUUGUUCCCUGGGCUGAAAGGGGGGAGAGGGGCUCUCCUCUGAAGAGCUGCUCAUCACUUUUCCCUUAGCCUGUUUGGAGAUCACCCCCCAACACAGACACCUCCUCUUUUCAGCUGCAGUCUUUUGUCUUUCUCCUGCCCUGGGAGGGCAUCGAGAAGAGCCUAAAGGGAAGGGACAAGUUGGUCUUGGGGCAGAAACUUUGCACCUUUUAGACUUUUAUAUUGGCAAUCAGGGCCAUUGUCUUGUUAUAAAGACUCCUACAGAGUCAGGGAAUUCAUUGGUUUUUUUGUAACUGAAGCAGCACUGUUAAAUGUCUUAUUGGACUUCCAAUCAGAAAUAUUUGUAUUGAGGUAGAAGGAACCAUCCCUAGCUCUGUGAUGUGUAGCUCUAUCCUCUUCCCUUCUCCUUGUCCACAAAAGGCAACUCCUUUAAUAUUCCUGGCUCCAGGAACUAGAGUUAUAGUAUUCACCUCAGUCCUCUAAGUUGAUUUGUCAGAGGUGAUGAACAGCUCUUAAUCCCUUGAUUUCAUCUUCUCAUUUGAAAGUUAGUUUUGAGGAGAAGUUUUAAAGUAAAAUUACAACCAAAAUGAACUGUUUCCUGUAGACCAAAUAUUCAAGUGACUUCUAGGGAGUUGACCCUUUCCUCAUUUGAGGAGGGGAGGGAGAGCAAAGUGAAAGUACACAUAUAUUUCUGAUUGGUUUAAGUCUUCAUUUAGAAUGUUCCCUUUGACAUAUUUGGAGGGAAAUUUUUCCGAGUGUGAUCCAUAGUUUUUAAGCUGAUGAUUGUGGGCUGGGCUAAUUCUAAUUUUUGGUAUUUUGUCUCACUGUAUCUCCUGUUAUUACAGUUGGAUUCUGUCUGCACUGAAAAUGCAAAUUAAACUGGAUAUUGAUGUCAGAAUGUAUGAAGUCUAAGCUCUUGUUCUUGUCUCCAGAAUUCUAAGCCUGAUCUGUUAUUUUCCCAGCAGCCUGCUGGGCUUAUUCUACAUCGGGCCCUUCAACUCAGUGCAGCUUCUGCUGUUCUGUUGCAAGGAACUUUUUCAUAUGACACUUUUCAGCAGAAUCAGGCAGGGCUGGGGGCAGGAGGUGGGGUGGUAUGGAUGGCUUUUGGUUGUUUGUUUUUUUCCCCAAUAUCCUUGUUAUCCCAACUGUGGUACAAAAUCAUAGCCUUCUCUUGGCCUCUUUCCUGCCCUGUCCUCAUGCCUGCUUGAGGCUGCAGCUCUUUCUACCUGUCUCUAAUUCAACUACCCACAUCUAAUGUUGUGGUAUUUUGGAGAGAGUGUUAUUACUGGGGAGUAGCAGGUUCCUUCUGAGGGGGUGGGGACUCCUAGCUCCUGCUUGGGAGGAGACCAGAAGGAGGCCCUCUGCUGUGACUCCAGCCUAGAUCAUCCAACCAGGCACUGAGACUCUCCUUUGUUUUUACUUCUGACAUAUUUAUCAUAGGCCCAAACUUUUGGUAAUCGUUUUUAAAAUCCCAGAUAUCAGUUUUAUUAGGAUUAUGUAAAUGUCUAUAUCAAAGGAAUGAAUUUAUUUAAAUAUGAAACAUGGGAACAACUGACUUCCACUGAGCAAUGUGAAAAUGUUAGUUACAGGUUCAGUACUUCCAAAGGAAGAACCCUCCAAACCCAAAAAAAAAAACAUGAGUAAAUAUGAAUUUGUAUUUUUGAAGAAUGUGAAAUAAUGGUGUUUGCUUAAUUGCUCAUUUUGUAUAAAGUUAAUAUUGUACUUUACAAAUCUGCUAAGAAGUGGAAAUUUAACUUUUUGGAAUUGAAAAAAGCAAUAUUAAAUACUAAUGAAAUCCUAAUUAAAUGCUUAUUUAAA